AUGUUUAUUUUUAUUUACUUAAUCAUUAAUGUUUAAUCUUAUAGAAUCAGAUAAAUACAAAAUGAAUCAUUAGAAUUUCAGAUUCCUACUGAAGAAGAGACAAAAUUGUUAACUCUCUUUUAAGCAAAAGAUGCAAAACUAAUUACGAAUGAAACGAUACCAUUUUGUUAAUUAAAAGAAAUAAACUUAAUUUUUGAAACAAAAAGAUAACAUUUUGAGAAUAUUGUAACUAUGGUACAUGUUAGAGAUGGUGUUAUAUUUAUCACAUCAGAUUAUUUACUAUAUUUGAUGAAAUUCAAUUAUUAGAAUUUUAGUGGUGAAUUUGCUAAAAUAGCAUGGAAGGCAGAUUUCAAAGAAUUAGGUUUAGAUACAUUAGCUGAAAUGCCUCAAUUAUUAUAUUGUAGUACAAGUAAUUUAGGUAUACUAUUUUAAACAAGAGGAGCUAUAUUAUUUAGUGUUUAAUAAAUGGAAUAAAAGGCAGCAAAACUUUAAAUAAGAGAUUUAAGUGAAAUAAAACAUAGAAAAGAAAGAGGUGUUACAAAAGAAUAUGAUAAUUAUAUCUUUUCAUGUGUUGGAUAAGAUGGUUUAGAUCUUUAUAAAAUAAUUGGAAAUGAAUUACAUUUUAUUGAUUAAAUAGGAAAUACAAGAUUUAAAGAUUUAGCAAUCUUAAAAAUUGAUAAUACAAUUUAUCUUAUUUUAUUAGAUGAAUAACAAUAGAGUAUUUCUGUCUAUUAGAUGGAUAUAGUUAAGAUUAAGAUAUCACUUAAAUUGUAAAAUAAAUUUUAAUCAAUCAAUCUGGAAUUUAUUGCAAUUGAUAAUUAUAAAAACAAUAUAUUUGUUGUUUAUUAAUACCAUCAUAAAUAUAUAUGUGUAGAAUAUCUUUUUACAGAAAAAGAAUUAAUUGAACUUAAUUCAUUUGAAACAUUUAGUAAAAUAAAAGAUGUUGAUGUUUCAUAAUAAUUUGCUAUCUUAUAAGGAUAAAAUAAACAUCAUAUUAUGUUUGUAACUAAAUUUGAUGGUCUCUAAAUUAGUCAUAUUCCUUAAUAUACAUUAUUAGGAGCAAUUGAUAUUGAUUUCUUUUAUUUGACUAAUAUAGAUCUUGCUAUGAGUCAUUUAAUUGAUUAAAAUGAUUUUUCUAUUGAGAAUUUCUUUUUUGGAACUUCUAAAUCUGGAUUAUUUUUUACUAAAUUUAAAUUCUAAGAUCCUUAUAUUAUUUGCAAUCCUCAAUCAAAUCAAAAAAAUUAAUAAUAAAAUUAUUCAAUCAUUCAAAAUGAAUCUGUUAUUAUUUAAACCAAUAUUUAAAAUAAUGUGAUAUUAUAAAGAUAGACAAAUAUUACUAUUAUGGUUUUUGAUGAAGAUGAUAAUACUUAUUCAUAAAUCAUUUUAUAUUUGGGAAUUCCAAUUGGAUUAUCUAUUUUAUUAAUAGGAAUAUGUUUUUGGUUUAUAUCUAAAAACUAAGAAAUUGAAAGAUUAGAAACAGAAAUAACUGCAAUUAAAAGUAAGAAAUCUUCUGGAUUAGCUGUUGCUGUAGAAUUCAAUACACCUUAAAUUAUAUAGAUCAUAAAUUCUCCUAUUAUACCAAGUCCUUUCUCUAAUACUGAAAGAGCAAAUGUAAACACAAAUUUAAAUAGAGAUAUUAAUGCUGAUGGUUGA